AGAACCAUUGCCCUGGGAGCUCUGAGCUUUGGUCCAGAAAAGACACAGAAACUAGUUACUAAGACAGAAAAGGAAGAGAAAAAUGAUAGUAAUGAUACAUACAUAUGUAAAUACAUACAUUUACAAAAAAAGUGAUGCACAAUGCAGUAGCUCACCACCUGCUGAAGGGUGUGUGGUGCUCAGCCACUGCCGGGUUAAACCGCAACAGUCCCUGUGGCACACAACGUGAGACCCAAAAGGCUGAGAUGAUGACAGAUCCAACCAGUAUGCUUUAAAAAUAUAAUUGCUGUAGUAGCUCAAGAGCUGCUGGUCACAGUGCUGAUCUUGUUAUUCACUAUGUGGUUUUAUUUGCUUUCAAGGUUGUUUUUCUUAACUCCAUCCACAUUGUUUAUCACCUCAGAGGGCUUCUUUAUGGUUUUGACAGUUUGUAUAUUGAGUGUGCUCAUGUUGUAUCAGUCAUGGAUUUAAUUUGGUACUUGUACUCAAUCACAGACUCCUAGAAUUUUUAAGGUUGGAAAAGACCUCUAAGAUCAUCUCAUCCACCCCCAACUCACCCCACUGUGCCCACUGACCAUGUCCGUCAGGGCCACAUCUCCACAGUUCUUGGACACCCCCAGGAACGGUGACUCCACCACUUCCCUGGGCAGCCUGUGCCAGUGCCUCACCACUCUGAAAGGGUACGUUUCAGAUGUGGAAAAACAGUACUAAGAGGUCCAGCAACUCAAAGGGAAUAAAUAUUCUGCCUCACCUGCAUGGACCAGCCUCUCAGCUACCAGAAAUAAGCAUUUUUCAGUUCAAGAGAGAGUAUAUAGUUGGUACACACCAUGUGCCACCCUCUGGUUUUACCUGGGUGAUCAUGGAGAGGAUAUGAGGAAGUGAGAUGGAAAACCCACCUCAACUCUACAGGCACAGGUACAUGAGUUCCAAGGGAAAACAAUCAAGAAAGGGUGUUCUUCCAGAAACAUGGUUGCUUCAGUUUUCAGUGCACAGUCUCCCAGACAAAGAAGAUGGUCUGAUCCUAUUUCUGAGUUCAAUAACAAGCCUUUUGCUUUGCAUUCACAAGAACUGAGUGAUGAGGAAAUAACCAGACCUAGAGGGGCCCUGUCUCCAGCCAGCCAGUGGAAAGGGAUGAUCAGCUUCAUUGAACUGUGUGGAUUUAAUGGCCUCGCACAUCAGAACCACAGCAGUAUAAGGCUCUGGUGGAAACUGGUGUGCAAUGUUCUCUAAUGCUGGCAGGUUACAAAGCAGGAGAACCCAUCUGUAUUUCUGGGGGGCCAGGGGGAUCCCAAGAGUUAACUGUGCUGGAGGCCGAAGUGAGCCAGACUGGGAAGGAGUGGCAAAAGCAUCCUUUUGCAGCUGGCCCAGAGGACCCGUGCAUCCUUGCUAUAGAUUACCUCAGGAGAGUGUACUUCAAGGAUACAAUAUCGGGGGGCUUUUGGUAUAGCUGCCUUGGAGAUGGAGCACACGAAGCAGCUGUCUACCUUGCCUGGUCUCACAGAGGACCCUUCUGUUGUGGAGUUGCUAAGAGUAGAAGAACAGCAGGUGCUGACUGCUGCUACAACAGUAACCUGGCAGCAAUAUCACACCAGCCAGGACUCCCUAAUUCCCAUUCAUCAGCUGAUUCACCAACUGGAGAACCAAGGAGUAAUCAGCAAGACUCACUCACCCAUCAGUAGUCCCAUACGGCUAGUGUGAAAGUCCAUUGUAGAGUGGAAGCUCUCCGGUAUCACCAGAACUUCAGUAUCAACUGGAGCCCAAGGCAGCCAGGUGGUACGGUGCAACUAACAUUGCUAAUGUGUUUUUCUCAAUCCUUCUAGAAGCAGAGUGCAGGCCACUGCUUGCUUGUCCUUGUCCUUGGUACACUGGGAAUCGACUGCCCAAGGGGUGGGAACACAGCCCCACCAUUUGCCGUGGGCUGAUCCAGGCUGCAUGGGAAAAGAGGGAAGCCUCUGUGCACCAGGACAGUGCCCCAGGCCAGCAACAGCAGCAGAACACGGCACUAAGAGAAGGGCAAUGGGGGCAGUGCCACCUGGAACUGGUGGCUCCAGCACAGAGCUGGGCUUGGAUCCUGCUGCGUCUGCACACUCGAGCCCCAUUUCCAGGCAGCACCUGCCUUCCACCACAACACAUUAAUAACCUUGAUGACAGUGGCCUACUUUCCACCCACCUGUGCCGUGGCUGGCUGUUCACCACUCUCUAUCGAGCCCUGGACCUGGUUGCUGCACCGCUGGAUGAACUGGUCUCCCGGGGUAACGAUGGCCAGGAGGACCUGGUGGUGAGCCAAGUGUGUCACCGCCGUCCAGUAUCUGGGGUGCACGUCACACCGUGAUUCACAGCAUGUCCUGGGCUGUGGGACAUUCCAGAGCACCUGUGUGGAUGCCCUGAGCCCUCAUGAAGGACCAUCACUGGUACUACCUCUUCGAGCUCCCCAGGAGAUGACUGAUACCUCCUAAUUCCCUUCAGAGAUGUGACCUCUCUCAUGGCCAGAGGCAAGGCAGCACCCCUCUUCCUUCCCCUUGCAAGGGUCUGAGAUCUGCUCAGGUUCUUUCCCUUGGACUGAUCCCAGGCUGGAAGCACACGUGGCUUCGUGCAUGCAUUCAUACAACAAAAAGCAGCUGCUCCCUGGGCAUCAUGCCAUACCCACUGCUAUCAACAACCUGCCAGGACACAAUGCCCUUCUCUCUCCCUCCCCACCCUGUCAGCCUCUGUGGGAAAGAAAGUCACAGCAUGAUGAGCUGUGGCCCCAGGUCUGGUACAUCCUGAAAGCUGGAGGAAGCCAUCUGCCCCAAUUGUUCACAUGGAAGCAGAGGAAAGCUGGGGAUGCAACCCCUAAGGAAAAUCCUGGGACAGCUCAGAGCCCUGCCGGCAUUAAGAGAAAUGCAUGAAGCCGCAGUGGGAUCCCAGGAUUCGCUUUGCCCCGGACCAGAAAUUCUACAGCGUCAAUACAAGUUUGAUGUUGACAUGCCCUAACGGGUACUGGCCUUCUGCCACGGAGAUCACUUGUGUGAAACCAAGCCCACGCCAAGGUCUCCCAGUUCCUCAGAGCAUCUGGCUUGUGAAGAACAGCACAGGCUUCUGGCAGUCGGCAGCAGAAUACAUGAGAUGUGUGGAAACGUGCCAAAGGCCCCGGUGGGACCCAGGACUCCGUCUGGCACCAGACCUGGAGAAGUAUAAGAAAAAUGAAGAAGUGACAGUGAGCUGCCCUGGGGGUUUACAGCCAUCCUACACCCACAUCAGAUGUUCAAGAGAGGAGAUCAUCAGCCGUGGGAAACAUGUGCACAGGGAAUUAUGGCUGGGAAGAGACGGCAGUGGUGCCUGGACCCACAUUCAGUCCAGAGUGGAGUGCGUGGGAAAAUGUCAGAAGCCCCAGUGGGACUCCAGGAUUCUCUUUGUCCCAGACCGGGGGUCUUACGACCUCAACGAGACAGUGAUUUUGACAUGCCCUGUAGGGUACUGGUUGUCCCACACAGAGGUUUCCUGCAUGAAACAAAACGCUAGACAAGGCUCCACAGCUUUUCAGAGCAUCUGGCAUGUGAAGAACAGCAGAGGACACUGGCAGCCUGUAGAAAGGAACAUGGUCUGUGUGGAGGCCUUCCAGAUUGUCCCUGGGACCCUGGAGGUUUCCAGCACCAGCAUCAAACUGAACUGGACUUGCAGCUUCCCUGAUGCCUGCCAGCACAUGCAGGCCACGUGCCGCCUGGCAGGGCCUUCCUCUCCUCCCUGUAAGGCUGAGAAGGUCACGGAACAGGAGAUACUACACGGCCAGAAGGGAACAUUCACCUGUCCUCCUCUGCAGCCCUUCACUGUUUACAGCAUCACUAUCUCAGUGCCUCCCAGCACAAUCCUCUUCACACAACACCUUAGGACAAAGGCAAUGGUGCCGCAGAAGCCGGAGCAGCUGCAGCUGGAUGCCAGCACCGGGAUGCUCAGGUGGAAGGCGCUGCCCUCCUGCCGAGGGGAGAUCAUAGGGUACCAGCUGAACUUCACGGCCAGGAGAGCGCAUGACGGCAGCUUCCUGAACUUCCAGCAGGUGAUAGUGAACCAUUCUGUCACCCAGUACAUGCCGCCUCCCCAGAGCCCAGGCAGCAAAUACACAGUGACAGUCCAGGGCCUGACGGCAGCCGGUGCUGGAGAUGCAUCCAGCCUGGAGUUCCAAGCCUACCUCUCAGUUUCAGGGCAGUUUCUGGGCUCCUGGCCAUGGACAGCGGUCACAGUGGUGGUUGUGCUCUCAGUGAUGGUCACUCUCUCUGCGGUGAUUGUGUGGUUCGUGCUGUCCAGGAGAAGGAAGGCCGUGCCCAUCAAAGCCGAGGAGGAGCAUUAUAUAGAGCUGCAGCCCUAUGAAAACUCAGACGUCUACUGCGUGAUCAAGGGGAGAUCUCUGUCAAAAGAAGAGGCAGGUACAGGUGGCCAGGACAGAGAGCCAGCAUCCCCACCUCUGCCCGUCCUGGAGCCCUCAGGAGACUGACCAAACAGUGUGGGAGUGGAGAAGAUGGGGAGAACAUCCCUGGAUCAGUGGUGAUGGCACUUCCCAUUGCCUCUUUGUGAGUCUUGGUCCGGCACAGCUGGAAGCAGGACUGCAUGUAUGUUGCGCUGUGUUAUUGCUCCCACCCAUGUUUUCAGUAAGCUCCUGCAUCCUGUGUCACGGAGCAGGAGCAGCCCAAAGCCUGGGAUGAGCUGGUUGUGCCGGCCAAGUGUCCUCCAGCACCUGGCACUGCCCCAUCCUCACGCAGGGCUUCCCAGCUCCUCUCCACCUUGUGUCCCCGUACCCAUCGAGCCCCAGAACUCUGCUGGAGUUUGGCCCAAGUGCGCUGCCCUCGCAUCUGUGCUGCUGUGUCUGAAGAGCCAAUAAAUUGUUUUGGUUUUCAAGGGGCUGCCUGCUCCUUACUACA